AUGGCGAGGGUGUUGUCAUUGUCGUGCCUCGUCUUCGGGCACAUCAAUGACCAACAUGCCACCACGCUGUAUAGCGUUUCGGACGGCACACGCCGCCCCUGCGAGGAGAUGGAGGAGGUGCUGCGCGGCAAGCGGAGCUGGGUGACAUCGCGCGGCUGGCUGCUCCUCUGGGACCCGGCGACGCUCGCCACCAUCCUGUGGAACCCGCUGGCCGCCGCCUCUGAUGGUGACAAGAUCGCGCUGCCGCCGUGGGCUUCGCCGCCGGCGUCAGGCACCGACUGCGCGCUGUCCGGUGAGCCCACGGAUCCCGGCGGCUGCACGGUGGUCGUUCUCGAGCGGUAUAGGUCGAGCUCGGAUGAAACGACCAUGUGGUACUGCCACGCCGGCGGCACGCCGUCGCCGUGGGACAGGUACGUGUACGACCUGGGCGGCAUGCGAACCCCGUGGGGCAAAUUCGCGAAGCGGUUCAUGUCUGGCCUCGCGGCGUGCGGCGGCAAGUUCUAUUGGGUGGAUCUCGCGGGCAAGAGGUUUAUCAGGGUGGGCAGCAUUGGCGACCGGGCCAUCCUCGCCGGCGGCUCGAGCUACGCUUUCGCAGGCUGGUGCCCGGCCAACGAGUUUGGGCUGCUGCCCAACAGCGUGUACUGGAUACACCCCUACGACGGCCGCAUGUACGUGUACGAAGUUGGAUUCAAUACGGAGGAAGGGGGCGCUCCUGUCCAGAGACCUAACCGCCUCCUCUCUCCCUCCCUCCCGCAGCCGCCGCCCUCCCUCCCGCGCGCCUCCUCUCCCCCCUCCCCCCCCGCCUCCCGCAGCCACAUCGCCGCCGCCGCCACCCGCCUCCCCACUCGGGCGAACCCCUCUCCUCUUCCCCCGCCUCGCCUCUCUCCCUUCCCCCGUCCAAACCCUAGGCCCGCGCCAGUCGGCCGCCGCCGCCGCCGCUCGCCCAGGCCAUCCUCCCGCUGUGAAGGAAGCGGCCAGAGAGGAAGGGCGUCGCCGGGUGUGCGCGUGCCUCCGCGGAUUCGUGCCACGGUUGCCGGAGGCGUGGGCGCCGCGGGUCAACCGCACCGGGGAGGAUGGGGGCGCCACAAGCCUCGUCGGAGGUCGCCUCUCCAGAUCGGUGGAGGCCAAGGGCAAGGGCAAGGAGGAGGGGAGAAGAAGACCUUCGGCCAGCUGCGGGAAGCCGCCGCUGGCGUCCUCCGCGGUAUCCACCGGCGCCGGUGGCGGGCAGAAGCGCAAGUGCCACGACCACGCGCACUCCGAGAACGUCGCCGGCGGAAAGUACGGCGCCUCCGGUGGCCGCUGCCACUGCUCCAAGCGCAGGAAGUCCCGGGUUCGGCGGAUGACUCGCGUACCGGAAAUCAGCACGAAGGCGGCAGAGAUCCCCGCGGACGACUUCUCGUGGCGCAAGUACGGCAGAAGCCGCCUGUGGAGAAUGCCCUGGACUCAGCAGUUGACGCAACUCGGUUGAGCUGCGGUGCACUAUAUUUAGCUGAUUUUAUUGGGAAGUGGUGGAACCAGGGAGGUGGGAAUAAUUUCAGUAUUAAAACUGUGGGGGAAAGUAGACACGUAGGCGGGCUCUUCGGCGGCCGCGAGAACUACGACAAGCGCAUGCACUGCCUGUCCAAGGAGGAGGUCGUCGUGCAUGCGCGGAUGCGUCGCCGGGCCCAGUUCUCCUGCCGCACCUUCCGCAACAUCAUCGUCCUCUCCAUCAUCACUGAGGAACAUUAUUUAUCGAGUUUUGGAUCAGAUGCGGGGAUUUCUCCUGAACUCCACCGCCUCAAGCUGUCGUAGUUGGUGUUGUCCGUGCUGGAUUCGAUUGACCUACCAUUGUCUGCUACCAUGAGAGGUUACAAGGUUUCCCAAUCGUCCCAGUUGUGGUUGCCUGGAGCUCAUCCUUGAUCUGCUCUUUUUCCCUUGCAGGUUGGUCCGCUGCGGGUGCUCGUGCUUCUGGUUGAUUCGUCCUGCUGCGCCGGUCUUUGUUCUGCAGGGCCAUGUCUGUUGGUGCCACGAAACGGCCGUGGCACUGCUUGUGUGAGCCACGACAGCGCUACCCGCGCGCCUGCCCUGAAACGCUGCCGCGAGCCGAGCCGCCGGCGUUCAUCUGGAGAAGCGCAGGAAGAAGAAGAUGGGUUAGAUGUUCAACGAAAUGAUUCUUCGGCAUCCAAGCUAGGUUUAUAUGGCAUCAAAGGCCACGGCGCAUGCUGUACUGACAGAUAGUUCAGUCCAUCGUAACCAUAGUGCCCUCACCAUAACAUGAACAACAGAGGGCCGGUGCGCUCACCAUGACCUUGAUGGCACAACGGAAGUUCGAGUCCUCUGUAGAGAAGCAUCCAGUGGCGGAGGCUAUGAGGUUGCAUUCUUAUUUCUCCUAGGACUAUGUUUAAACAUUCAACAACUCUGGCCAACAUAUGAAACAAGGCCAAGUCUCGCAUGGGGAUGUAGCCCAUCCUCUGCUUGCUUCCAGCAUGGCGCCGGCCGGAUCCACCUCGGCCACAACCACGACACCGACAUUGGCAGCCAUGUGCUUCUUCUCCAUCACCACAAAAUGAGAAUGCAAGGCACAAGCAAGGGAAGACCAUCGCUUCGCUCCUCUGGGCCGCCGCUGCUCCAACCCUACUGGACGCCAUGCAAGUAACUUUUUCCCGCCUUGCUGGAGGAGAUGAAGCACAUGGCAAAGCAGGAGUUCAUUGCGCACUUAAGAAGAGGAGGCGUCCUGGAGCGCGGUGGAGGCAUUUUGGGCGUGGAGCAUGGCCCGGAGCAUGGCCUUGCGGUUCCUGGAGCCUAGGGAGGCCAUGCGAGAAACCUGGGGCAGCAAGGUACUGCCUCUUGCUGCUCCUCCCCCAUGUCUGUAGCUCGCCUGGAGCUCCCCCAUGCCUUGAGCUUGCUAGAGCAGAGGCCUGCGGAGUGCUCCCUGGGGCAAGGCCUGGGGCGAUCUGCAGGGAGGAGCAGAGGCCUGGAGCUGCGGGGAGAAGAGGUCUGGAGCUGCAGGGAGGAGCAGAGGCCUGGAGCCAGCGGCGAGAUCUGGAGGCGACGACGCGAGGAAGGAGCGAAUCACGAGGGAGAGGGAGGAGCGGAUCGCCAACUUUUGAAUUGUAUAAGGAUGUAAUUGAAAAAUGAUGUUUAGUUCAAAAUGUGUGUUCGUUGCGACAGAUAUUUCGGGACGGAGAAAGUACUAUUGACAUAGAUACACUUUAUUUAUCAAGGAUUUUUGUAUAUCAUAUUAUCACAGGAAAAUGAUCUAUGUAUGCACUUUUUAUGGUCA